AGACGAGCAGCGCCCCCCUGGCAGCAUGCGGCCGCGCCGGCAGCGGCCAUGAGCGGCGGAGGGGAGGUGCGGCGGGACGGCUGCGACGGGAGCAGCCCGCCGCCCUGCGAUGUCCUCGACGCCAGGGGCUUCUCGGAGCGGCGCGUGCAGGAGGCGCUAGGGCUCGCCGAUGGCGACACGGCCGUGGCCGACGCGCUGCUUGCCCAGUGGCAGCGGGUGCCCCCCCCCUCGGCGUCGCCGCAGAAGCAGCAGCAGGGCGAACGGUCCCCGGCCGCCAUGUCGGCCUCGAAGCGGGCCACGGAGCCGGCGGUGCCCAGCUGGAUGGACCUCGUGAAGGGCCUCGAGCUCCCGGUGAUAGACCCGUGGAAGGCGCCGCCCAAGUGCGAGAGCGACGAGCAGAGCGCGUCCCUCGGCAGCGUGGUGCAGAAGCUCGCCUCGGUGCCCACCCUGUGGCCAGACUUGAAGACGCUGUCGCAGAGGUUCGAGGACCUGGUCGGCUUCGAGGGCGAGCCGGGGAGUGCCAAGGACGGAUACGCCGAGUUCUUCGGCUACGACGAGGGGUCGCCCGGCUGUCCGCCGUCGGCCGCGGCGUCGGACAAGAGGCUCUUCACUGGCCUCGGCCCGGAGGCUGACUCGAUGCGGUUCCACCUCCCUGACAUCGACACCGAGGACGAGGACGACGACUCGCAGUUCUACGACUGCGACGGCGACGGCGAGGACGAGGAGAAGAGUAAUGCUUCGACCUCGAGGGCGAGCCGAGGCUCCACGCAGGGCCUGUACACGGCGGCCGCCCAGGGCACGAGGGCCGUGUGGCAGAUGCUGCAGCAGUUCUCUGCCCCAGCGGGCGAGGCCAUAGCAGGGCCGCUCGCGGCACACGGCGACCACGCGCCCGGCAGCCACACGAGGAGCUCCAGCGUGCCCACCUGCAGCAGGGCACCGGAGCCGCAGCGCCGCAUGGGGGACAUCAACGGCUUGCUGCAGCGGGGAUGGGAGCGGCCGGAGGAGGUGCGGCGCAUGCGCCAGGAGCUGAAGAGGCUGCAGCAGCAGGUGGACGCCGCCAUGGACCGCAGGAGGGGCAUCACCCCGGGCAGCUGCACGGGCGCCGCAGGCGCGCCGCGGGACGCCACGCCGCCGGCGGCCCUGCGCACCCCGCGAGCGGCGAGGUCGAGGUCUCCAGCCGCGCCCGCGUCCGCUAGGGGGUCCGUGCCAGGCCCGUGGGCGAAGGCGGCCUCGCCGGCAGCGCCGCCGCGGCCCGAGGCGCAGCCUCCGAGGGCCGCCAGCGCCAGCCCGUCCUCCUCGUCUUCGUCGUCCGACGCCAGCGACGGCCCGCCCGCUGACGUCACGGCGCCCGCCGUGGCGGUCAAGGCCACCGCCCCGGUGGUGCCAAAGCUGAACUUGGGCGGCGGGCUGGAUGGCGGCGGCGAGGGGGUCAGCCGCGCCAAAGGCAAGGGCCCCCCGGCGAAGGGCAAGGGCAAGGGCCCUCCGCCGCCCAAGGCGGGCCCUAAGGCGGCCGGCGAGGAGCAGCACGGCGAGGAGGAGGCGGAGGAGGAGAAGGCAAAGGAGCCAGGCGGCGAGGGGGUCAGCGGCGCCAAGGGCAAGGGCCCCCCGGCAAAGGGCAAGGGCAAGGGCCCUCCGCCGCCCAAGGGGCCGCCGGCCAAGGCGGGCCCUGGGGCGGCCGGCGAGGAGGAGCACGGCGAGGAGGAGGCGGAGGAGGAGGAG